CGCGUUCCGGGCUCCGGCUCCUCCUCCCUCCGGCUCUCUCUCGUUAGGCUUUCUGCAGUAUCACGUGCAGCCGCGCCAAGUGCAGGAUGGCGGCGGCAGCGGCCGCGCCGGGUGUCAGGCUCCGGGACUGCUGCAGCCGGGGCGCCGUGCUCCUGCUCUUCUUCUCCCUGUCUCCUCGGCCUCCAGCAGCCGCCGCCUGGCUGCUGGGCCUGCGGCCUGAGGACACUGCUGGAGGCCGCGUGUCUCUGGAAGGGGGCACUCUGCGCGCGGCCGAAGGCACCAGCUUCCUCCUGCGCGUCUAUUUCCAGCCCGGGCCCUCAGCGCCCUCAGCGCCAGUGCCCUCACCCACCCUCUCUCCGGGGGAAAACGGCACCGGCGACUGGGCUCCGAGGCUCGUGUUUAUCGAGGAGCCCCCAGGCGGGAACGGCGUGGCACCCAGCUCAGUGCCUACACGGCCCCCGGGACCGCAGCGCUGCCGGGAGCAGAGCGACUGGGCGUCGGACGUGGAAGUCCUCGGGCCCCUGCGCCCCGGGGGCGUGGCGGGCUCUGCCCUGGUCCAGGUGCGGGUGCGAGAGCUGCGCAAGGGCGAGGCAGAGCGGGUCGGCGCGGGCGGUGGCGGGAAGCUCUUCUCGCUGUGCGCCUGGGAUGGGCGCGCUUGGCACCACCACGGCGCCGCCGGCGGCUUCCUGCUGCGCGUCCGCCCGCGGCUCUAUGGCCCUGGUGGGGACCUGCUGCCCCCCGCGUGGCUGCGGGCGCUCGGGGCGCUCCUGCUGCUGGCCCUGUCCGCCCUGUUCAGCGGCCUGCGCCUCAGCCUGCUCUCGCUGGACCCGGUGGAGUUACGGGUGCUGCGGAACAGCGGCUCGGCCGCCGAGCAGGAGCAGGCGCGCCGCGUGCAGGCCGUGCGCGGCAGGGGCACCCAUCUGCUCUGCACCCUGCUCCUGGGCCAAGCCGGAGCCAACGCCGCCCUAGCCGGCUGGUUGUACGCCUCGCUGCCUCCGGGCGUCGGGGGCCCAGGCGAAGACUACAUCGAGGCAGGUAUUCACUUCCCGUGGCUGCCUGCGCUCGUGUGCACCGGCGCCGUGUUCCUGGGGGCUGAGAUUUGCCCCUACUCCGUCUGUUCGCGCCACGGGCUGGCCAUUGCGUCUCACAGCGUGUGCUUGACCCGGCUCCUCAUGGCGGCCGCCUUCCCCGUGUGCUACCCUCUGGGUCGCCUGCUGGACUGGGCACUGCGCCAGGAGAUCAGCACCUUCUACACGCGGGAGAAGCUGCUGGAGACGCUACGGGCGGCAGACCCCUACAGCGACCUUGUGAAGGAGGAGCUUAACAUCAUCCAGGGUGCGCUGGAGCUGCGCACCAAGGUGGUGGAGGAGGUUCUGACCCCGCUCGGGGACUGCUUCAUGUUGCGCUCCGACGCUGUGCUGGACUUCGCCACUGUCUCCGAGAUCCUGCGCAGUGGCUACACUCGCAUCCCGGUGUACGAAGGCGACCAGCGGCACAACAUUGUGGACAUUCUGUUUGUCAAGGACUUGGCCUUUGUGGACCCCGACGACUGCACCCCGCUUCUCACCGUCACCCGCUUCUACAACCGGCCCCUGCACUGUGUCUUCAAUGAUACACGCCUGGACACGGUGUUGGAGGAAUUUAAGAAAGGAAAAUCUCACUUGGCUAUCGUCCAGCGGGUGAAUAAUGAGGGAGAAGGGGACCCCUUCUACGAGGUGAUGGGCAUUGUCACACUGGAGGACAUCAUUGAGGAGAUCAUCAAGUCAGAGAUCCUGGAUGAAACGGAUUUGUACACUGACAAUCGGAAGAAGCAGCGGGUCCCACACCGGGAGAGGAAACGGCAUGACUUUUCCUUAUUCAAGCUUUCCGACUCGGAGAUCAGGGUGAAGAUCUCGCCCCAGCUUCUUUUAGCCACACACCGCUUCAUGGCCACAGAAGUAGAGCCCUUCAAGUCUCUGUACCUUUCGGAGAAGAUCCUGCUCCGGCUCCUAAAGCAUCCCAAUGUGAUCCAGGAACUGAAAUUUGAUGAGAAGAACAAGAAGGCCCCAGAACACUACCUCUACCAGCGCAACCGCCCUGUGGACUACUUCGUGUUGCUUCUACAGGGUAAAGUAGAGGUGGAGGUUGGAAAGGAAGGCCUUCGCUUCGAGAAUGGAGCCUUCACCUACUAUGGGGUCCCAGCCAUCAUGACCACUGCCUGCUCAGAUAAUGAUGUGCGGAAGGUUGGGAGCCUGGCUGGAUCCUCGGUUUUUCUAAACCGGUCCCCUUCUCGCUGCAGCGGCUUGAAUCGCUCUGAGUCUCCGAACCGCGAACGCAGCGACUUCGGGGGGAGCAGCACCCAGCUCUGCGGCAGCAACAACAACCUGUACACGCCCGACUACUCGGUCCACAUCCUCAGCGACGUGCAGUUUGUAAAGAUCACCCGGCAGCAGUACCAGAAUGCACUGACUGCCUGCCACAUGGACAGCUCCCCCCAGUCCCCCGACAUGGAAGCCCUCACGGACGGGGACUCCACCAAGGCCCCCACAACCCGGGGCACACCGCAGACACCCAAGGACGACCCUGCUGCUGUCUCACUCCUGAACCACAGGAGCAGCCUACCAUGCAGCCGCUCAGACGGGCUCAGAAGCCCGGGAGAGGUGGUGUACGUGAGGAUGGAGGAGCUCGCCUUCACCCAAGGAGACUCCACCGACUUCGAGGAGCAGAGCACACAGCAACUCUCACUGUCUCCGGCCGCUGGUCCCACACAAACAGUGUCAGAUAACGAAUGUUUCAACAUCAACGUGGAUUCAGAGACCAGCCCUUGCCGUAGCGACUUUGAGGAAACUAUGGGCAAGAAGCUGCUGAGAACCCUGAGUGGUCGGAAAAGGAAGCGGUCGCCAGAUGGAGAGCGAGCCUGUGAGGACAGCUCCAACCUCACGCCUCUGAUCACCUGAGCAGCAAGGGCAGCAGUGGCUGGGCAUGGAGGAUUCCAGAGCUUUGGGGAGAUCCUGCCCCCACCCCCUGCUCCCCAAUCCUGGGGCCUCCCCCAGGUGACAGAGCCUUCUGCCUUCCUAGCCACCGUUCCACCCCCAGCUGUCCAUUUGGCACAUCUCCCCUCGCUGCCUCCAACUUGACUGCAAGCCUUGCCACGGCUGUCACGGAAGGAGGUGUCUCCGAUGAAACCAGCUGGACAUGGUCCGUCCACAGCACAGUCUGUUACUGGAGGAGAGAAGACCCCAGGCCAACAGCACCAUCCUGGGACCCCUGAUGUUCCCCUUUCUUUGGGCUCCCCUGUGUCCCGGAAGUCACCUUUCUUUCCUCCAAAUUGACACCUUCUUGCCACAUUUCACACUUAUCUUAGUGUAAAGUGCCACUGGCAGCCAGGCACCCAAGAGGCUGGAGGAG